CCUGUUUCCUGUGUGAGCAGCUGCUGAGAGCGCGACGGGUCCGGUGGGGAGGAGAAGUAGGUUUCUAAGAACAGAACCAUGGACAAACACAAAGUGAAGAGACAACGUUUGGACCGAAUCUGUGAUGGUAUCCGGCCACCGAUCCUUAAUGGUCCUAUGCCAGUCCGUCCUUUGGUGGCUCUUUUGGAUGGAAGGGACUGCACAGUUGAAAUGCCUAUAUUAAAGGAUGUUGCAACAGUGGCAUUCUGUGAUGCUCAGUCGACACAAGAAAUUCAUGAGAAAGUAUUAAGUGAAGCUGUGGGAGCCCUCAUGUAUCACACAAUUUCCCUAUCUCGAGAGGAUUUAGAAAAAUUCAAGGCGCUUCGUAUCAUCAUAAGGAUUGGCAGCGGAUAUGACAAUAUCGAUAUUAAGUCUGCAGCGGAUUUAGGGAUAGCAGUUUGCAACAUUCCCUCAUCUUCAGUGGAGGAGACGGCUGAUUCAACCCUCUGCCACAUUUUGAACCUGUACCGACGAGUCACAUGGCUGCACCAAGCUAUGAGGGAGGGGAACCGGGCAUCGAGUGUGGAACAAAUAAGAGAGGUUGCUGGCGGGGCUGCCAGAAUCCGCGGGGAGACUUUAGGCAUCAUUGGACUUGGUCGGGUCGGGCAAGCAGUUGCUUUGCGUGCAAAAGCAUUUGGAUUUACCGUCAUAUUUUACGAUCCCUAUCUUCCGGACGGAGUUGAGCGCUCUCUAGGCUUGCAGAGAAUGGGAACUCUUCAGGAAUUGCUAAUGCACAGUGACUGCAUUACACUUCACUGCAGUCUGAAUGAGCACAACCAUCACCUCAUUAAUGAUUUCACCAUAAAGCAGAUGAGGCAAGGUUGCUUCUUGGUAAACACAGCUCGUGGAGGACUUGUAGAUGAGAAAGCACUAGCCCAGGCUUUAAAAGAUGGCCGCGUCCGUGGUGCUGCUUUGGAUGUCCACGAGUCUGAACCUUUCAGCUUUUCUCAGGGACCUUUGAAAGAUGCCCCUAAUUUGAUCUGUACCCCACAUACUGCCUGGUACAGUGAGCACGCUUCAAUUGAAGCAAGAGAAGAGGCAGCUAAAGAAGUUCGUAGAGCCAUUGCAGGUCCAAUCCCAGAUUGCUUGAGAAAUUGUGUAAAUAAGGAGUACUUGUUGGCAGCUGCACAGUGGUCAGGAAUGGAGACAGUUCAUCCAGAGCUUAAUGGGGCAACAGGAUAUAGGUUUCCCCCAGGAGUUGUUGGAGUAGCUGCCCCAGGACACCCAGCUGCAGUGGAAGGGCUGGUGGCUGCCCCACACCCAUUAAUUCCCGCCGUUUCUCACACUCCGUCACCUGGACAGACCACCAAACCUGACCCAGACAGAGAGAUUCCUACUGACCAGUAGCAAUACUGUGCCUAGUUUGGUUUCCUUUGUUUAUUUUGUUUGUUAUGCUUUUUGUUUUUCUUUGAUUUUUUUUUUUUUUUUAAACCACCACUCCCAUAUUUGUGCUCUGUUUCCCCCUCGGUGUAGUUUGGGGGACAAGGGCAGGAAUCCAGGUUUUUUCAGCAGCUUUACCCGGUUGAUGGAAUCAGGCUGCAAGCCCUGAGGUGUAUCAUCUCUCCUCACACCGGAAAGGAGAAUGUUCUUACCAAUGUCUGGAAACCUUUAGAUAAUGCCUUUCAACAGAUCUAUUUUUUAACUGAUUUAGUUUUAAGUGAAAUAUGAUACGGGUGGGUUGUGCUUCUGUGUGCUGGGGUAUGCUGAUCUCUUCUGCUUCCUCUAGUACAAGACAUGCCCAGUUGUCUCAGGGAGCUGAGGCAUCACCAAAUUUUUUAUUAGAAGUAGGUGUCUGCAUGUUAACCCCUUCAGUGCUUUGGAGGAUCUGUAAUGUGCUCUUUUAUAGUCUAUUGCUCUCCUCCCUACCCAAGGGUUGACAAAGGCAGGGGAGUGUUUAUAUCAUCUGUUUUACAAGAGGAUUAUUCUCCAUUGCGGAAUUAUGCGAAACGUGUUAACUAAUGAAUAAUUGUAUGUGCAGAGUUUCUACAUUGGGUUCUAAUAGUCCUUGUUACCAUCCCUGUGUAGAAGGGUACAGUAACUGGAUAGUAAUUGGUGUUCUACUUGCACACCAGCUGAAAGUCUUUUGAUUUUUAAAUGAUGGGCAUUACUUCAGUUGUUGUUAACCAUUAUCUCUUUAUUGAUGUACUGAGAGUUCAGCGUUUGAAAGCAACAACAUUGUUUCAAGACUAUUCAUUCUCAAAAGUUUAUCUAGAGUUAUAACUUCACAGGCAUUUUAUUAGGGAAAAUCAUUACUAAAAAUAGGGUGUCAUCUGUAUGUGCAGGUUUUUAUUACUCGCGCAUCUUAGUUUUCCGUUGCCGCAGAAUAU